CAGUCAUCAUCAUCACUGGUAAUGGUAAUGAUGAGGAAUAUACUACUGAAUAAAACAACAUCAAUGAUACAAAUGAAGAAUAAUAAGAAGAUAUCAUUCAAAUCGCUAGAAAUUGCUAAACGAUUUAUGACAACAACAACAACAACAACAACGACGACAGAAGAAGAAAAUCAAGACAACAAUUGUCAACAACAACAACAAUCACUUCCAAUAAAUAAUAAAAAGAUUUGGACCAUCAAAGGACCGACAACUGAAUCAGAUAUUAGAUAUGCUAUCAAAUCAUUAAGGAUUGCACGAGAAUUGGUUGGAAAGAUCGAAGAAGAAGGAUGUAUAAGUUUUGAUGUUUCGAUGACAAAAUGGUUGGAGGAUUCAUUGGAACCGUUAAACUUCACCGAAUACUUUACAGAUGAGACACGACAACAGCCAUUAUAUAUUAAAUAUGAAUCAAUUCCUGGAUCACCAUUCGGUGAGGACGACGACACCGAUUAUCGAAACGAUAACUUUUGCGUAAAAUUUGUUACCGAAGAUCCCGGUUCACUGUGGGAACAAAUGUCUAGUAGUGAUGAUAAUGAUAAAUGAGUGUCCAAAAAACACAUACAUACUUAGACACAUACACAUACACAUACACACUUAGACACAUACACAUACACAUACACA